AGUAGUUUUGCAUCACUGUGGAGGGUAUUUAAGUGCAUCAGCACGCCUUAUAAUAAUCCAAGUAUUUCAAAAAUGAGCAUGUAGUUGACAGUCUCAAUAUAAACCUAACAUUAGAAAUGAUUUAAUUGAUCACUUAUACUGUGCGCACUAUGUCUAUGCAGAUGUUUGUUUUUCUCCUGUUACAUUUUUUUAGUAGAUGUACAUGUUAUAAAAGUCACGAGCAGAGCCCUGUCUGUCUCUUAAACAUGAGGUGCACUUGUUUUGGAAUUUGAUUCGCCAAGGAGGCUGCGGACGCCCCGCCCCUCGGGCAAGGGCCGCUCCUGAUUGGCCGCCGCCGUCGCCUGUCUCGGGGACAUCAGGGGAGGCACGAGUUGGCCCAUAAGCCUGCGCUCGCGAGUCAUCAGUGUCGGACACGUAGUGGGAACGAGCAGGUCCCGAUGCACAAGCCACGGCGACCCUCGGCGGAGAUGAAGGCGGACUCCGACUGGCUCUGAUUUUUAAAAGCCCUUUUCAUUCAGGAGGUUGGUUGCCAAUGGUUAUCAAUAUGGCAGAGCCGUUAUCCCAAGCACCCACCGCUGCAAAAAUGGCGUCACUUAACCGGGUCCGAGCUUUGGCGAUGAUUUUCUUAACUGUCACUGGCUGUUGUGUCACCCCGACAAGUGGCAAGGAAGGGUCCGAGGAGACCGUCAUCAUAGGGCUCCGACUGGAGGACACGGACGACAUUUCCUUCAUGGAUAAGGGCUACCUGCGGGUGAGUGAGCGCUCUCGGGUGAAAUUAAGGGUGUACGGGCAGAACAUCAACAACGAGACCUGGUCCAAAAUUGCUUUCACGGAACAUGAGCGGAGCCGGACGGUAGGGAGCCUUGACAGCUCCUCAGGGGAUAACCAGAGCCAAGAGGACUCGUCCGGCUUGCAUCCCUGCGGUAUUAGGACUUCGGAUAUAAUUAUAUUGCCCAACAUCAUCCUGAAUCGAAAGACGUCCGGAAUAGUUGAGAUCGAGGUCAAACCUCUGCGAAAGACGGAGAGGAGUAAAGCGUAUUACCUUUGCAUCGCCACCGCGACACCGGCCGUGCCCGGGAUGCACGACCCGUGGACGGAGAACACCUGGAUCUACCACGAUGGGGAUGACACCAAAGUGAUAGUGGUGGAGGAGAAAAAGUUUCUGCUGCCUUUCUGGCUCCAGGUCAUCUUCAUCUCCAUGUUGCUUUGCCUGUCGGGUAUGUUCAGCGGCUUGAACCUGGGGCUCAUGGCUCUGGACCCCAUGGAGCUCCAGAUAGUCCAGAACUGCGGCACGGAGAAGGAGAAGAAUUACGCCAAAAAAAUAGAGCCGGUCAGGAGUCAAGGGAAUUACUUGCUUUGCUCGCUUCUGCUCGGGAACGUGUUGGUGAACACCACGCUGACCAUCCUGCUGGAUGAUAUCGCCGGUUCGGGCUUGAUCGCGGUGGUCAUGUCCACCAUUGGAAUAGUCAUUUUUGGAGAAAUCGUACCCCAGGCCAUCUGCUCCAGACACGGCCUCGCCGUGGGCGCCAACACCAUAUUCCUCACCAAGUUCUUCAUGCUGCUCACCUUCCCCGCAUCCUACCCGGUGAGCAAGCUGCUGGACUACCUUCUGGGACAGGAGAUAGGAACCGUGUACAACCGGGAGAAGCUUCUGGAGAUGCUGCGCGUCACGGACCCCUACAACGACCUGGUGAAGGAGGAGCUGAACAUCAUCCAGGGCGCGCUGGAGCUCAGGACUAAGACCGUGGAGGACGUGAUGACGCCGCUGAGAGAUUGCUUCAUGAUCCCCGGGGAUGCCACCCUCGACUUCAACACCAUGUCCGAGAUCAUGAAGAGCGGCUAUACGCGCAUCCCGGUCUACGAGGGCGAGAGGUCCAACAUAGUGGAUCUGCUCUUUGUCAAAGACCUGGCGUUUGUGGACCCGGAUGAUUGCACCCCUCUCAAAACCAUCACAAAGUUUUACAGCCACCCGUUACACUUUGUGUUCAAUGACACCAAGCUGGACGCGAUGCUGGAGGAGUUCAAAAAAGGAAAAUCACACCUGGCCAUAGUUCAGAGGGUGAACAAUGAGGGUGAGGGAGACCCUUUCUACGAGGUUCUGGGUAUUGUCACCCUAGAGGACGUCAUUGAAGAAAUCAUCAAGUCAGAGAUCCUGGACGAGACGGACUUGUACACUGACAACAAGACGAAGAAGAAAAUCACCCAUCGGGAAAGGAAGCAGGAUUUCUCGGCCUUCAAGCCUACCGACAAUGAAAUGAAGGUUAAAAUAUCACCUCAGCUUCUGCUGGCUACCCUGCGUUUCCUAGCAACAGAGGUCGAACCGUUCGCACCGGUGCAAAUGUCAGAAAAGAUUCUGCUGCGCUUGUUAAAGCAUCCAAACGUCAUCCAGGAGCUGAAAUACGAUGAGAAGAACAAGCGGGCGGCAGAGCACUACCUCUUCCACAGGAACAAGCCCGUGGAUUAUUUCAUCCUUGUACUGCAGGGGAAGGUGGAGGUGGAGGCAGGAAAAGAGGGGAUGAAGUUUGAAGCGGGGCCGUUCUCCUUCUAUGGGAUGAUGGCUCUGACAGCUUCGCCAGUGCCUCUGUCCCUGUCACGUACGUUUGUUGUCAGUAGGGCUGAAUCGCUAGCAGGAUCUCCAGAGAAUAAAUCUCCUCCGCGGCCGUUUGGACUCAACCACUCAGACUCCCUGAACAGGAGUGAUCGUAUCGACGCCAUCACCCCGACUCUUGGCAGCAGCAACAACCAGCUCAACUCCUUCCUGCAGAUCUACGUACCAGACUACUCAGUCAGAGCGCGUUCAGACCUGCAGUUUAUAAAGGUAACACGCCAGCAGUACCAGAAUGCCGUAAUGGCGUCACGGAUGGACAAAACGCCCCAGUCGACAGACAGCGAGUUCACAAAGAUCGAGCUCACGCUGACGGAGCUCCAUGACGGAGUGGAGACCCCCACCGUCGUCACCACCACAGCCAGCACCACUAGCACCACCCCUGCCGUGUCCGUAGUCGUGGCCAACGAGACGUCCCAUCUGCUCAACCAGCAGCAGAACUGUGUGGGCCUCAGCAGGAGCAACCACAGCGCCCACAACGAGGGACCCAUCUAGACCCCGCCGAGCCCGGUGGAGACCCAGACCCUCCACCCUGUCUCAUGGACACACACACACGCGGAGCGGUGGCGUAGAUGGAGAUGAGGGAAAGUGGGGAAGCGGAGGCAGGUGGAGUGAGGGUUCUGCUCCAACCAGUAGCCCCCAGUCAGUCAGUCAGUGAGACUCUUUCAUGGAGGGGGCAGUGGGGAAGACGGGUGCUGCGUCACCCUGAACACCCCCACCUGAACGCUGUCAGAAUCCCUGCUGUACUACACCCUCUUCCAGAGGGCGCACUUGGACAGUACCUGUGACUGAGCUUCUUCUUCGGGACAAUCUGACACUUUCAUAGCGGUGACUUGGACUAGAGGAUGACAGAGUGCAUGCAAACCCUGUCCCCCUUUUCCCUACACACAAACACACACAAACACACACACACACACACACAUACACACACAUACAUACAUACAUAACACAACACUUGCUGUAUUUUCUCCUCAGGCCAAAGACUUUGGUCCCCCCCUCUUCUUACACUGGACACGGACUAUAUUUGCGCACAUAUAUUCAAACACAGUCACAUUCCCACACACACACACACACACACACACACACAAAUGAACCCCACCCCAACACCCGUGCAGCUUUCAGGGAGGCUCAGUCGACUGUUGAUCCCAUCAGCAAGGACUCAAACCCAAACACGCAGAGAGCAACGGUUGGUCAAAGACUGCACCAAAAACCGCUUUGAAAGAAAACCGUUAAACCACGAACCAAGAAUGUUUUCCUGUAUUUAUUUAUUUUAUAAUAUUGUAUGUAUAUAUGUAUGCGUGGAGACAUGAUAUGACAUAAACUGGCAUACGAGCAUGCACGAGCAUGUAACACAGAGGUGUGUGCGUAGGGCACACGUGUCAUAUCAAAAAGGACAUGCUACAUAUAUGGAGACGAACAUCCAUUCAUGUAUAUGAGGAGGUGAGGGUCUUUUACAGAUACAGUAUGUAUAUUACAGAUCUUGUUAUUUUUACUAUUAUCCUAAAUCAGGCUUAUGGUACACUAUCUUUUUCACCUUUAAAAAAAAUCACACUAUUGCCUUUAAGAGAAAUCAUAUAAUUAAUUAUUUUAACAAAGUGCAAUGAACUGCAAUUUAUUUAAGAGAUGAUUAUGAAUAAAAAAAGAAAAUCACUGUAUUAUAAAUUGACAGAUAUAUUUGUUUGUAUGUGUGUACUGUAUGUAUAUGUAUAUUUGUUUUUGAAAAAUGCUAAACUGCAGCCAUCCACAAGCAAAAUUGUCCUUAGUCAGUCUCUCUUUCUCUUUGUCUCUUCCAUGUUUUUGCAUCUGUUGACCUCAAACAUGUCUUACUAUAGAGUUCAUAUGGGAUGAUGUCAUGAUGCCUAGACUAUUCACCACAGCAGGGCGGGGUAGGUUUACCGGGUGGUGGGGGUGUGUAAAAGUGCCAACACGGGCACCUAUGCAUGUGGAGGUCAUGUGUCUUAUAUAUUUUAUUUUAUUUUAUUUUUUUGCCAAUUUUACGCAUAAUCAAACUUGAUAAUUGCACAGUAUUAAUGACCUCAUCUAACAUGUUGAGCAUCAUCAACGUCACAAAAAGUAACCUCGACAUUAAACAUGUCCAUGAAUGAUACACAGCUAUGCUUUUCCACUGUUUAUGUGUGUGAACGUGUUUGUUUGUUUGUUUGUUGGUUUGUUUUUUGUUUGUUUGUUUGUUUGUUUUUUUGCAUGCGUGGCACUCGCAUGUCUGUGUCUUACAAAACAUAGCCCGGCGGUUCGGUUCAUGAAGGCUAUUUUUUGACAGUAGUGAAUGUGAACGAGACUAGACUUUACUUGUUUUUGGCUCCCCACAUGAUGUAGAUUAUAAUCCAGGUUUAAUUCUAAUUCUUGUGUUAAUUCAGAUCAAAAACUAAACUAUUCUUCACAAAUGUUGGCUGCUAUUAAAGAGAGAUAUUUAUACUGAUUUCAUUUUAUCCUAGAGACACUGUAGCCAUAUAUGUUUUAUUUCUUCCACUAUUUCAAAAACACCAACAACUCAAGAAUGGUUUGACAUUUUGGGAAGUACGCUAAUUUUCCUUCUUGCUGAGAAUUAGAAGAGAUGAUCGAUAUAUCGCUCUCACGUCGCUACGCUAAAUACGAGGCUAGAGCUAGCAGCUGGUUAACUUAGCUUAGCAUAAAAUCUGGAAACAGCUAGCCUUUAAAGCUCAGUUAUUGCUGCUGAAAGGUGAAGAAAUAGUGCGGCACAUGACCCCUGUAAUACCACAACAUUACACUAAAUUAGCACAUUAUUAGCACUUUGUUUUAUUAAUACAGAAAACAACUAUUUCAUAGAUUUAAUGGACAAUCACAGUGACAUCAGCAAACUCUUUUUUCAGAGCUAGGCUAGCUGUUUUUAUGCUAAGCUAAGCUAGCAUCCCUCGGCUCCAGCUUCAUAUUUAGUGUAAAUUAAUCUGAGUGGUGUCAAUCUUCUCUUGGCAAGAAAGCAAGUAAGCGUGAAUGUCGAUCUAUUCCUUGAAGUCUUGUUUGUUUUGUUCUUGCCCUUAUUGUUUUACCUCAUAAAGACAGGAAUGAGUUUUAAGAUACUGUACGUGUGCUUGAAAUGUUUCCUUCCUAAGUCUUAGCGUAGAAUAAUUCUGUUUACUUCAUAUCUGUAGGUGCGUAGAUUUUAACUCCUUAACUAUGAAAGUACUUUGAUUUCACUUCCAGGCCUGUUCAUUAACAUUAUAUGUACUGUAUGCUGGCAAUUUUCUUUGCCACCUUACAGGCAACAUCAGUGUCCUACAGCUGAAUGCCUUUCUUGUAAUAUUCAGUUGCCAUUUGUAACCACUGGUGGUCGCUGUUUCCACAUGUAACAGCCUCUGAAAACAGCACACAUGGACAAACAGCCCUUCCAUCUGUUCAGCCAUGAGGGGCGUCUCGGUUGUGUAACCAGACACAGAGUACGUCUGCAUUGUUUGCAGCUGUGUUCGCUGUUGUUUAUUAUUGUUUACUUGAACGUGCUCCUAUGCAGCAGGCCCGCUCUGCUCUGCAGGGACAAUCACUCCACAGAUGAAGCAAUGAAUGAUGACCUGAUUGUGAUCAUACUGUUUUUUGCUUUACAAGUUGGUGGAUCUCAGUGCCUGACAGGAGAACAAGAA